ACGCAUAGAUUCUCCUCGUCAUUUACGCAUUGUCUUUUAGGCGGUCGGAUCUGCUUUGUAAAAUUAUAAACCCUUCUCUGCCUCUUACUCUAACACACAAAGCCAUCAUCAUCUCUGAACUUUAUUCUACCCUUCACAGCAAUCAUAUUUAAAGCCUUUCACUUACACCUUGAUUCUUUGUUCGAUAGGUAUGGCUGAAGAGUGCCACAGCAAAAGUCAUGAGUGCGUUGGUGAGGGCGAAGUUGAGACCAAGGAUCGGGGGUUGUUUGAUUUCUUGGGGAAGAAGGAAGAGAAGAAGCAGGAGGAGGUGGUCGUCUGUGAGUUUGACGAGAAGGUAAAGAUUGAAGAGACAGAACCAGAGGAGGAAGGUGAAAAGAAGCACAGUUUCAUAGAGAAACUUCGUCGCUCUAACAGCAGCUCCAGCUCUUCUAGCGAUGAGGAAGAAGGCGAAGGAGAAGAGAAGAAAAAGAAGCGCCGAUCAACAAAGAAAGAGAAAAAGACAAAGAAGGGACUGAAAGGGAAGAUCAAGCAGAAGAUAAAGGGAGUACAGAAAGAAGAGGGGAAUCAUGGUGAGCACACCGCAGUUAUUGUCGAGAAGAUCAAGGAAAAGCUUCCUGGACACAAGAAAACUGAGGAGGUUCCUCCACCGCCACCCCCGGCAGAAAUGUGCUCCAGUUCCGGAGGUCACGGCGGUGAGUGAGCCGAGAAGGGUAUUUGGGAAGCAGAGAAGGAGAAAGAACAGGAGUUUGCUUCUCUUGCGAAUGCAUUUAUAUGGUGAAGUGGUGAUGAAGUUUGCGUGCAUGCUUUGCUUUUGAUUUGUGUACUUUUUGGGUCUUUUAGUGCUUUUUAGUAUUUCCCUUCCCUUUUUUUUUGGUUUGCAUACUUUUUGUAAGUUCUGUUUUUUGGUGCUUGUAUUUUGUGAUUGCAAUCAAGUCAAUGGAUCAGU